CGUUGUACAGAGGAGAGAACUGGAGAACAAGCGCCAGAUUAUAAAGUGAGGGAGGAUUCACGAGUGGGGAGGAGCCAUCGCGCAACUGAGUAUAUAUGCUGAAAAACACCAAGCAACUCGUUACAGUUCCAGAAGACACAAAACGAAAAGGAUCUAGAUCAAGGAAUCGUUAAAAAAAUAAUUAAGUAAAUAAGUAACUGAAAAAGGGUGAAAUUAUAAAUAAUACCAGUGUGAUUACAAAAUUAAGUAAAUUUAAUUUUGAGAGGCAAAAAAAAAAAGUGUUUAGGGUGCAACAUUUGUAUUUUUGAAAAAAAAAACAAAAAAAAAGAAGUGGUAUUUUUUUCUUGUGUGUUUUACGACAAGUACGACAACAAAAAAAGGAGGAAAAUGAAAAACCAAUCUUUAGUAACAGUGACUGCGGGUUUUCUGCUUCUUCUUCUUGCAUUGGUACCAGAAGUAGCACACGCCAGGCCAUCAGGUUUCCUUAGUCGACAGAAGCGUGUUUCUGAUCAAAGACUGGCGGAACUUGAAACACUAAUGGCAUUGUCAAGACUAAAGGGAAAAUUAGUCACAGUGCCUGUGGGAUUUGGCCGAGUUGAUCCUGCAAAAAUUGGUCGCAAACGACGAUCAAAUGCUGGAAAUGAUUUUCAAAGAUUUCAACGCUUCUUGAGAACUAUUUCGGAAUCCGAAUUGACCGAUGAUGAGAGUAAAGACAUAUUUCCUGCGUCUUGGUUCCAGAGAGACGUGGAUAAUCAGCUGGGCGAUGAAACGGAUGACCCUCCUCUCUUUUUUAAUUAAAAAAAAAAAAGAAGAAAGCACGAGAAGCAAGAAAAAUCGUUAAUAAAAAGACAAAAAUGAUUUUUAAAAAAUUCGUGAGAGGUUCUUAAAAAAAAAAAAUAUUCUCACCGCCCGAACAGUAUUAGCGGAUUGUCUGCCGUCCGAACUUGAACUCAAUACUGAAGUUUAAUUUCACAUUAUUUAUAUUAUUAUAGUAAAAAAUUAGGCAAAAAAAAAAAAAAAAAUUAGGAAAAUUUUGUUCAAAUCGACUCUUGUAAUCUUGGAAUCAAUUUAGUAAUAUUUAGCAAAAUGAAAUCCAUACAAUGAUUUUUGAUUGUAUAGAAGAUAGUUUGCGACAAAAUUCACAAAUUUUCUAAUAAUGAAAAUUUUACGUAAUUUUUCCACCGACAAAUUUAUUAAUUUUUUUCGAUUUUCGAUUUUUUUCGUAAUUAACAAAAAUUAUUGUAAUUGAAAAAAAAG